GACGCACACACACUCUUUACGCACGUAUCCACACACACACACAUGCACACACACUGAGGGUGACUUGUAUAUGCAGAGAGAGAGAGAGAGAGAGAGAGAGAGAGAGAAGGUACAGAGAGGAGGAGAAGAAGAGAGUGGACGACAGAAACUAAGAGCAGCAGCAGCAGAGAGAAGAGGACGGUGACUCCUGAGCAUCUCUCCUGCGCACCUUUUCACUCCUGCACGCUCACGGAUCUUAAACUCUUCACUUCAUCCUCGUCCUCGUGCUCGCCUCACAGAGAUUUUUAAACUUUUGCAAAGACAUUUUUAACUUUUAUUUAAAGAAAAAGAAAAAAGAUUUGGAGUUGAGGAGAAACGCGAUUCCUGGAAGAGUUUUUUCUUCUUUCCAUCCCUCGAGAAGUUUUUAAAAAGUAAAGCCCGUCUGAGUUCCAGGGCUCGGCUUCACUUUUUCCACGUGUCCCACGGUUCCCCCAGCUCCUGACACAAACGUGUCACUCUGAUAUUUUCUUUUCUCUCAGCCUGAAAACUUUGACUGACUGACCCCCAAAGAGAGCAGAAUGAUGUUUCAAACAGCAGCAGCCCUCAGCGGUCUGAGUCCCAGAGGCUUAAAUCACUAAAACUCAUUUGUGUGUUUUUUCCACUUUGACGCGCAGAGGUGUGGAUCUGAAGACACGGGGAGCGCCGCUCACCUGUAGCAUCUCCUCACACUGAUUUUGCACUUUGAGACACUUUGACAGCAGGGAGCUCAGAGUCGAGGCGGUUCAUUCAUUCCGCUGCCUCUGUCACCUCCAGUGGAGUGCGUAAAAGGAGCGCUGCGCUUUUACGCAAAAAGAGUCAAACUUUUGGAUCACUCCAGCGUCUUUUUUUUUGUUCUCCAGAGGGACGCCGGGCUUCUCCAUCACCAUGCUCUUCGACAGCUUCGACCUGGUCUCGGCUCUGGCCACUCUGGCCGCCUGCCUGGUGUCCAUGGCUCUGCUGCUCGCCGUGUCCCAGCAGCUGUGGCAGCUCCGGUGGACGGCCACGCGGGAUAAAAACUGUAAGCUGCCCAUGCCCAAAGGAUCCAUGGGCUUCCCCUUCAUCGGCGAGACCUGCCACUGGCUCCUGCAGGUAAGCGCGCGCUCGGGGCGGGGAGAGGGGAGAGAAGUAGGUGGUGGAAGCGGGGGUGAUCCCGGAGCGGAGCCGGGACUCCAUCCAAGAAUGAUGAAAUCACUCUUAUCUGUGUGACUGCUGGUUUUAUUCUGGACUUUUAUUCUGGUUCUGAGUUCGUGCACGAGGUUUGCACUUUUUUUUUUACACACUUGACUUGGCGCGCGCUGCUUUUAUGGACUUUAAUUGACAAUUUGGAAGUUUCUAAUGAGUGAAAAUGAGAAUGGAAUCGAUAAAAGUUCAGAGAUCUGAUGCGCAAAUUUAGAAUUUUCUCACCGAUUUUAAACUUUUUGUCACUUUUGCUUAAAAAAAAGUUUUUGACAAGUAAAAAUAAAUCAAAUUUUCUUUCUUAUAUCAUAAAAAUUUGGAUUAUUUUGCAGAUUUGACUCGUCUGCAUGUCUGACUUUUCCUGAAACAACCUCGAAGUUUGAUAAAAGUUUCCCCCUCCUGCACGCGCGACUUUCUCUCUCACUUUUGAUUAGUUUAAAGCUCCGCUAUCUCUCUCUCUCUCUCUCUCUCUCUCUCUCUCUCUCUCUCUCUCUCUCUCUCUCUCUCUCUCUCUCAGAUCACUUUUCUCUUUAUUGUCUCAGACGGGGAGCGUGUCGAGGAGUCAGCCAGCCGCGGCGCGCAGAGGUCUGUCUGCAGUCAUGCCGAUCGUUUAUCGGCUCAUAUCUGAUAAUCGGCUGGAAAUGAGUGACCGCGGCUACCUGAGCGCCGAUCGAGCCUCAGAGAAAGUUCUUUUAGUUCCUCUUAAAUCGAUUCUAAUCCUCUGUCUGUGUGUCUGUGCGCGGUUUGGCCGAGUUUGGCGCGUCUGUGUGUUUAGAGAUGUGUUACAGUAGGAGACAGAGUGAAGGUAAAGGGUGAGGUGAGGGUAAAGUGCACACCUCGGACUCCCUCUUUCCCUUCUCUCCUCCUCCUCCUGCAUCCAAAAAUAGUUCCCAGCAUGCCGCAUGUUUGAGGAAUCGCUCAGAAUCCUCCUGUUGCUCCAGAACUUGACGCUCUGAUCAGCAUUUUCACCCCAAAAGUGGAGGUACGAGAUGAUGGCAUGUAGGUAGAGAAGGUUGGAUGGAGGAUGGGAGAAGAAGAAGAAGACGAGGGGGGAAACGAGCGGAGGCACGUUGGCCGUGUGCGGAGCUUGAACUCGCCGUGCUCCUCUCCCCUAACAUCUGACACCGAGCGAGACGCGUUCCCGGAAUGCAAGCGAGGACCACGGCCAAGUUUAUGGAGCGGGUAGAGGAGGGGGUCAUGUCAGUCAGAUUGGGGGGGGGAAUAAAAGGCUGAGUGUGUCUAUACUUAUGAGGACCAAAUGUCUCCAGAAUCUGGAGAAUCUGGACGUCUGUCUCGGCAGCUCCUCGCCGUUAUCUGGAUGAAGUUAAUCAGUUAAUGUAAUCCAUGAAAUGCCUCAUAAAUUAACUUAACCCGCAGAGAUAGGGAUGCAGAUCUGAUGGGACCCUCUGUUUCAUGUCUCGGCUACCAAGUCUGCCGCUUGAUUGGUCGCGGAGACGGCAUGUCAGACGUGCUCAGAGACGAGUCGUCUCCCCCCUGAAAAGAGACUUCUGAAGGACCGGAGCGCACACAUCGAGUGGAGGAGGUUUAGAGGCAGAUGUUUGGGGAGGUUUUGAUUAAAACCUCAGACCAGAGAAGAAGAAGAAGAAGAAGAGCGAGUUUGGAGAUAAGAAGGUCAUUGACACGUUUGUGUUAGCUGGUCUGCGCUAACGUUGUGUUUUUGAAGUUUAUCUCAAAUCAAGUAGAUGCUGACUCACUUUUGAACGCUCAUGUUUGUGGAAGCACAAGUUUAGACAAGAUUUCUUAGAGUUGAAGACUUUUCGAAUGUGUUUUAGCUCGGUUUUUGGUCUCCUCCACUCCUCUCUCAAGCAAACUUUCGAUAAACUCUAUUUUUAAUCAUCUCUACUACCCUCCAGUUUUGAUUGGCUCGUUUAAUUGCUGGAAAUAACAGAAAUGAAGACUGUGAGAGUCAUCGAUCUACGUUUGAGACGCUUUGAUACCAAACGCAGUGUCGAUUUUGUUAGCUAGUUGGGGCCAACGUUGUUUUUUUUAACGGUUAUCUCAAAUCGAGUAAAUGCUGACUCACUUCUGCACGGUCAUGUUUGUGGAAUCAGAUGUUAAGACAAGAUUUCUUAAAAAAAAGACUUUUACUGUCCUUUUAGCUCUGUUUUUGGUCUCCUCCACCUUUUUCCACCUUCUUGAAGCAAACUUAUAAUAAACUCUAUUUUUUAAAAUCCUUUUCUGCUUAUUUAAAUGCGAGAAAUCAAGACUGUGAGAGCCAUCGAUCUACAUUUGAGACACUUUUGCAUCAAAAACGGCGCCAAGCGUGUACGCGAGUCCGGGGUUUUGUUGUGAUUUUGAACGUUUAUCUCAAAUCGAGGAAAUGCUGACUCAUGUUUGAGGAAGCAGAUGUUUACGCCAGAUUUCUUAGAGUGAAGAGACUUUUUAGCUCUGUUUUUGGUCUCCUCCACUCAUCUCUAAGCAAGAUUUAUCACUUUUUUCCACCUGCUUGAAGCAAAAUUUUGAUAAACUCCAUUUUUAACCCUUUCCUGCUUCGUUUGGAUGCGAUAAAUAACAAAAAUCAACUCUGUGAGAGUCGUCGAUAAACAUUUGAGACACUUUUAUAUCAAACGCGUCACAGAGCGUGUUAGCUAGUCCGGGCUAAAGUUGUGUUUUUGAAGGUUUAUAUUGUAUCCAGUAAAUGCUGACUCACUUUUUGCAAGGUCUAGUUUGUGGAAGCAGAUAUUUACGCCGGAUUUCUUAGACUUGGAGACAUUGACCGUCCUUUCAGCUCUGUUUUUGGUCUCCUCCACUCCUCUCUCAGCCAAAUUGAUCACUUUUUUUCCCACCUGCUUGAAGCAAACCUUUGAUAAACUCUAUUUUAACCCUUUUCGGCUUUGUUUGGAUGCUGGAAAUAUCAGAAAUCAAUUCUGUGAGUCGUCGACAUACAUUUGAGCCACUUUGACAAACUUUUUCUCCGUUUUAGUGACUCUCCUGCCGCCUGUUUUCCUCUUUUGUCCUGCUGCCCUCUUUCCUCUUCCCCCCUCCUCUAAAUUUACCCACACAAACCCUCAUUUUGCUUAACUUUGAGUAAAUAUACAGUGGGUAUUUAAGCCGACACACACGCACAGCAGCAGCAGCAGCAGCAGCAGAUUUCAGUGACAGGUCCGUUUUAGAGCGAUCUGCAGUUAGGAACAGUUUUACGGUCACUCUGCCAAAGACCUGUCUGCUCUCAUUAGGAGCCAGAGCUUUGUGAACGGACGGUGCCAAGCAGGAGCCUCACUGCUGCGCACACACACACACACACACACACACACAUAGAGACUCUACUAACACAGUCUCAGAUACAUUAAAAUAGUCGUGCAGGUGCAAACACACAUACAUUCAUCUACGUUUAACUAACUGCACAAACACACAAAUGAAUAAUUAUUUUCUGAACAAAAAGCAGCUUUUUGAAAAAUUCUCAGAGGAAAUGCUCGGAUAUUUUUGGAGAUAAAACCACUUCCUGUUUUGAGGUCGUCGUUUUUUCAUUCGGAUUAAAUUUGACGCUGGUCUGAACGGACGGUGGAGGCUUAGAAUGAAAGAAAACUCAGUUUAGUCUUUGAAUUUUUUUGAUAUUUUUUAAAAAAUAGUGUAAAUUUUUUUACUGGAAUUAAAAGUUUGACAGAAAAUGCUGACUCAGGGUUUUUCUGAUUUUAAAAACAGGAUCUUCUCGGUCGAGAGAUUUCUAAAAACUAAAGAUCAGACUCCAGAGAUUGUAGUUGUACCGAACUAGAUGGUUGCAGUUACUCUUUGUUGCCACUAGAGGCCUCUAAAGCGCUCCAGAGUCUGUCAGCUGUUUUUAACCGUUUAGAUCACGCACAGAUUUAGACCACGCUACCAUGAGAUGUCUGGGUAAUCACUCUUUGUCUCUUUUUUAAUUGCGUAAUGAUCCCACCUGGGAGGAGUUAUGAUGUGUUCCAGUUACCUGGGACGUCGGAAUGGGAUUGACGUUACACCCGAGUUAACAGCUUUACAGUUAACAAGUCGGAAAACCAAGACAGACAUCUACAGUUGCCCAUUGUCAGCUGUCGUUGUUAGUUGUUGUUGGCUAUGCCGGUUGUAAACGGUGCGUAAUUCAGUAAUUUCUCGUACAAACACCAAAGCAGCGUGUUCACAGUUAGACGUUGGGCAGAAGUGCUAAUAAAUAAAACAUUACGAGAGCUUUCACUGUUACUCUAUACUGUUGAUGCACUGCGCUACCAUCUCGAAUUAUGACGUUGUCGUCAAGUCGGGGUUGGCGAGGAUCGUCCGACUUUCCAAAUUAGAAAUUCGACUUCAGGGGGGCAUUCCAGAUGAACUUCUGACUCUGAGCUUGAAUAUCCCGACUUCUGAGUACAACUGGAACGCAGCGUUAAUCCCAAAAGAACCACACUCUUUCAAAAACGGUGGACUUCCUGUCUUUCAGGUCCUUCCAACUUCCUGUUGGUCCACUCAGCCAACACCCAAAUUCUUCGCCAUGAAGUCUUUGGAUUUCAGGACUCAGUCCUUAAAAAUGGCGUCAAUUAUUCGUUUUACGUCACGACUGGAAUUCUAGGGAGAGGCUCAGGACUUUAUCUAGAGUGACCAUACGUCCUCUUUUACCCGGACAUGUCCUCUUUUUUGGGGUUUGUCCACAUUUGUCCAAGGAAGUUUAUAAAAUCCUUUAAAUGUUCGCGGUUUUGUACGUAAGUUUUGAGUUUGUGUCACUUGGACUUACUGAGUUAGAAGCGUGUAGUCGUGUAGUUUCUUUGGGGAUUCGGAAUAUGGUCACCAUACUUUAACGCCCGACUUUCUCGCCCCUUUAGCGUUGAAGGUCAGACUCAGAGACUGAAGUGGUUUCUCUGCAGCAUCUAUACUCAAAACUCUACGUAAAAGUUGCUCUCUGCUCCCACAGGAAGUCUCCAAAGUUCCCAGUUUAAAAACUUUUUGAAUAUUUUUGAUUAUUUACAGAAUUUUUGUACCAAAGUUCUCAGAGUUCUUGGUACUAAAGCGAGUCCAAGGAUCCAAACCGGAGAACCACGUGAGCGCGGAUGCUCUUCCUAUCAGCGAUUCUGCAUGCGUCCUCUCCCAGUCUGGUCCUGAUAUCCCACAAAUAUGCAACACACAAACACACACACACACACGUAAAAUCACACACACACACAAAUACAAAUACACACACAUGUGGCGCAGACAGGCUGGACUGAAUCUGGGUCAGACCUGCGGAAAUGAACACAUGGCACCGAGACUCAGACUGUACUCUGUGUGAUUUAAGUCCGUAAAGAGACAGACUUUCACCAAAACAAAGAAGAAGAAGAAGAAACGCUGAUUGUGUCUUUAAUAAGGAGUCCGUGUUUGUUGUCGUCGUGCGUGUGUGUGUGUGUGUGUGUGUGCGGCUCCGACAGUAAACUCACUAAUGUGUCGUGCGUCUGUGCCAGCCUGUCGUCUUGUCUGUGUUUUACGGUGAUGAAGUGUAAAUGACGGCGGCGGGCGGAGUAAUAACAGUCCUGAAAACCUCAAACUCUCUCAUCUCGCUCGGCGAUGACAGCUCUCCUCUUCUCUCUCUCUCUCCUUCUUCUUCUUCCUCUCCUUCAACAACACCUGUCCUGCUCGCCUGCUCUCUCUCUUUCUUUCACACACACUUUUCCUCGAUACGACAACAAGCCGAGGUUGAGAUUCGUUUGUUCUUCCGUUGUGAAAGGACAGUCAGAAUCUACGAUGAGUUUCUAGAGGUGGACUUUUUAUCCAGGGUGACCGUACGUCCUCUUUUACUCGGACAUGUCCUCUUUUUGGGGGGGCUGUCUGGCCUUGUCCAGGGGGGUUUAUAAAGUCCUUUAAAUGUCCGAGGUUUUGUACGGAAGUUUUGAGUUUGUGUCACGUGGACGUACCAAGUUAGAAGCGAGUAAAAAACACUCGACCCGACCUGAAAAACCCUCAGAAUUUACCACCCAUGACUCUGCGACUUCGCCCUAUUGGUAUUGUCUUGUUUUGGGGGAUUCCGAGUAUGGUCACCCUACUUUAGCGGCACAAACUGCAUCUGAAUUUCAGCUCAAGAUUCAGGACGCUAACACAGUAUCAUCUGUUUCAUGAUAGGGUCAAAGUCGCGUUCUAUCCGUGCCACCAAUCUCGUGAUAAAACGAGAAUUUACCGUCUUUUUCUACGUGUGAUUUCUGUCGCGGUUUUCUAUAAUUGUCCGUACGAAAUCUCCAAAAACUUUGUACCUGGCGAGGAAACGUUUUGGAUUGCCAGAAUUCUUGACUUGCUUUUGUUGCAGGAGUGCUAACACACUGUGCUAAAAGUUAGCUAGCUAGCUAGAAGCCGUCAAAAUUUACUACGCAUGACUCUGCGACUUCGCCCCAUUCGUAGUGUCCUCUUUUUGGGGAUUCAGAAUAUGGUCUCCCUACUUUGGCACCACAUACUGCAUUUGAAUUUCAGCUCAAGAUUCAGGAUGCUAACAUGUUAGCAUCCAUUUCAGAAGAAGGUCAAAGUUGCGUUUCAUACGUGUGAUUUCUGUCGUGUUUUCCAUAAGUGUUUAUAUGAAAUUUCCAAAAACUCUGUAACUGGGAAGGAAACUUUUUUGUUUGCCAGAAUUCUUGAAUUACUCGCUAUUGUUGCAGGAGUGCUAACACACUGUGCCAAAGGUUAGCUAGCUAGCUGGAAACUGACUCUUUCCGGCUGCUUUAUUCCAACCAGAGUCGCCCUUUAUUACAAAGUAUCAUGAUGGCACUAAACGCUUAUUUUGCGUAAUAUUGAUAGUUCCUUUUUCAGUGAAUCUGAGAUGUCGAUGUUGGCGUUGUAGGAACCAGAUGCGGCUCAUGGUCCUGGCCUUGCUCUAACUUAGUUCCAUUCUUCAGGGUUGUUUGUCCUUAUGGGGUUGCCGUAACAGCAGGUGGAUAUUUAACAAGAAUUACCGUAUUUCUGGGCCAGAAUUCACCAUUUUUCAUCCUUUCCAGUGGCGCUGGUUCAUCCCCAGAUCUGCUAAGUCGCCUGAAGACCAAAAACCAAAUUCAGUCACUUAGAAUCUUAAUUUUUAGACACUCACUAUUAUCUCUUCUCCACCCUGAUCUUGUUGAAAGGAUACGGCCUCCAAUCAUCCUCAAGUCACUCAGAGAGAGCACUCUGAUUGGUCAAUCCUGCUCCGAUCACCUUCAAGCUUUCCUUCUCCGCGGCACAUGUGAGAUCUUCUGAACAGAGCUCGGAUUGUGAGGCCGUCAUCUAUAGAAGGUUCCAUUACUGCGGUCCAGCUCGCAUAGCUGCGGUUACACACACACACACACACAAACACACACACUGUACAUGGAAAUACUAACAGUAUAGACGCACAAAGUCACAUGACGCACACAUGUUUACAGACGGUGGGAGUGUCGGCGCUCUCAGGACCGAGUUUGAUCUUUUUAAAUCUGCUUUUCUUCACAGAUGAAACCAGGAAGUGGAAUUCUGACAUUUUUGUUGCUUGAAUCGUUUGUUUCUCCUCUCAAAUCUGUUUUAUGUCGUGACCUGUUUCCUCAUUCCUCGUCUCCUUCGACCUUCAGCGUCUCAAACACGACUUUGACUGAAACGAGAACCCCGUUCCGUGUAUUUAUUCCGAUAACAGCGUCACCCCGUUUUUCUUUUAUCUCUCUGCUCCUCUUUCUCCAUCCUCCCAUCCUCCCUGCCUUCCUCCUCCUCCUCCUCCUCCUCGUCUUCCUCCUGUUGUUCUGAUUAGCAGGAGGUGCUGGCAGCCCCUUCGUUCACCCCAAGAACACACCGCUCCUUCCUAACAACACUCUUGUCCUUGGCCGAGCACAGAGCACAAUGUUAGGCUGUUUUUGUCAAUGAGUGUGUGUGUGUGUGUGUGUGUGUGUGUGUGUGUGUGUGUGUGCGUGCACGCCUUUGAACCACUUAUGAACUUUGUCUUUAGGUGUGAAAGUGUGAGUUUGGAAUAACAAUGUCAAGAUCAGGCUGAGCGAUAAAACGAUAACGAUGUACGUCGAAAAUUAACUUCCUUUGAUAUCGAGAUCAAACACAGUCAAUAUGUUUUUCAAAAGUCGGCAUUCUGCGAUGUUUUGGUAGACUGAAUGAACAGCCAGUGAAAGUUGGAGUUUCUGCGGGUCUGUUUCGCCCUGAACCAAUCAUGUGCUGAAUUAGAACCAAGUAUCAAACAACUAUGUCGUAGCACACAGCAGCUACACCCAAUCAUCGCCCUGUAACCCCGAAAACAGCCAACCAUUCAGUUCGCUUUUUCUAGCGCAACGCCUUACGACAAAACAAGCUUAUUGUAUCGCAAAAGACAUGCGACCAAUAUCGUGAUAUGUAUCGAUAUCGACUGAUAUGAAAAAAUAUAUUGUGAUUAACUUUUUCCCAUAUCGCCGAGCUCUACAUCAAGAUUACGAAAACUCCUGAUGAUGUGUUCCUCUUUAGCCGUUCGCCGAACCUCCGAAAAACUUUUUCUUUAAAUUAUUUUAAAACUGUUUCUUACUAUUUUUAUUUUUUUUAAUCGCUCCGGCUAACACUUGGUCACUUUUUUCUUCGUAACGAUGUCUCACUUUGCUAUUGGCUGAGUUUUUUUUUUUUUUGUAAUUUCUUCAACAAAUAAUUUUGGAUGUUCUUGCAGAACCUUCCCCUGAUGAUGUCAACAAACCAGCUAGCCAUAACGAAAAGUUAGCUAUCUAGCAAUUUAAACGACGUUUGUUGAUUUGAUUCCCCAAUUUUCUCCUUUUAGCUUUUAUUUUAAUCUCGCUAACUUUUUCGUCAAAAGUGAUAGGAUCGGAAAACACAUCCUGGUGAGUAACUUAGAUGUCACUCAUGAUCGUACCGUAGCUUUAUUUACCGUUAUUGUCACAGUUCCUUACUCGCUAGUUUAUGGCUAACACCAUAACGCUGGACGUAAACGAGCAAAGACGGCUUCUCAUGGAUGUCCAAUCGGAGUAUGCCGACUUGUAACCAUCCUAUAAUGAAAGUUCGGAGGGUGACGCACAUGUCUCUAUGAGAGUAUCAGCUAAUUUUAACAAUUUAAAUAGUUUGUAACCGGGGCCUGAACAGGAUCCGUCCCGGUUUGGGUCCUUCUUUUGCGUUUUUAGCGUAAUCUAUAUAACGAGCGCUUUACCACGAAUAUUGUGGAGCUGCUGGGGGAACGUGUUUGAACCACUUACGAACUUUGUGUUUAGGUGUGAAAGCAUGAGUUCGGAAUAACAACGUCAAGGUUACGAAACGUAAUCGAUCGAUUUGAUUUCCCAAAUUUGUCGUUUUAGCGUGCGUUUUAAUCUAGCUAACUUUUUUCAUUGAAAGUGACCUAAUUGGAAAACACAUCCUGGUGAGUCUCAGUUUCACUGUAAACAGGAAGUAACUCAGAUCCCACAAACAGUCGUACCAUAGCUUUAUUUACUGGAAUUGUUGCAGUUUCCUCAGUCGCUAGUUUAUGGCUAACACCAUAAUGCUGGACGUAAACAAGCAAAGACGGCUUCUCAUGGAUGUCCAAUCGGAGUAUGCCGACUCGUAACCAUCCUAUAAUGAAAGUUCGGAGGGUGACGCACAUGCCUCUGCUAAUUUUAACAAUUUUAAUCGUUUGUCUGAACAGGAUCCAUUCUAGUUUGGGUCCUUCUUUUGCGUUUUUAGCUGAAUCUAUAUAUCGAGAGCUUUACCUCGAAUAUUGUGGAGCCGCCGGGGGAACGUGUGUGUGUGUGUGUGUGUGUGUGUGUGUGUGUGUGUGUGUGUGUGUGUGUGUGUGUGUGUGUGUCGGGUAUUAGCUGGGGUCCCGGGGUGAGUGCUUAGAGAGUUUUGAACAACCAUAAUCUCCCUUCCUAUAAUGUCCCCGGGUCAGGGGCCAACCCCUCUCUCUCUCCCGCUCUCUCCCUCCGUCUCUCUCUCUCCCUCUAUUCUCCUCGUUUUUUGGCUGAACCAUCCGAAGCUCAUUUCCCUUAAUCCGCCUUUUUAAAGCGAGCAGCCUUCCCCAUCUCCCCGCCUCCUUCUGCCACGCUCUCUGCUUGCUUUCUCUCGCGCCCUCUUUGGCGCUCGCUUCUUUCACACUUUCUCGCUCUCCCCCUUCUUUCUACCUCUCUUCCUCCUCGUCUUUUCUUCGCUCCCUCUUCCCCGCCCUUAUUUCCUUUCUCCCGUCUCACUUUCUUACUCCCUCUCUUUCGUCUUCCCUCUCCGUCUCUGUGAUGUGGUGGCGUGACCGCGAAGAGACGGGGUUCAUUGUCGAGUCGAGGACCUAUCUUACCAUUCAAACGCGCGCACGCACACACACACACACACACAAAUCCUCGCGCCGGUUCCUUGGUAUCUCUGGCAGCGGCUGAAUGAUUGACGUCUGAAAAGAAAGCAGGAAUUCCCUCACAGCCUUUGACCUCGUUUCCUCUCGCUCUUCUUCUUCUUUCUGCUGCUUUUUCGCUUUUCCUCUCUCACGUUUUUUUUUUUUCUACUUUUAUCCCCAAAAAACGAAACUUUCGAAGAAAAUUUUGGCUCAAAGUUGACGAUUCCGCUCUGCAAUUCCCCGUAAAUAACACGCCGGUGGAGUGGUGGAGCGGUGGAGCGGUGGCGGUAAAGUUGUCGCUUUCUUUGAACUUUUAAUUUUACUGAAACGAGCGAAAUCUCUUUUGCGAUAAGCCGCCGUCAAAGGAAUCGAGUCAGAGCUGCGAAUCUUGAUUUUUCUUGGAUUAUUCGUGUUUAUUUAAAAGAGUCGUAAAGGUUCAAACUCGCCCGUGCAAUAAAGCGACAAGCUAGCGAAUGGAUCACGAUUUUAAGCGUGCAACCUAAACGGAAAGUUGGUUUUCAGAUUUGUCUUUGUCGUUUCUAGAUGAAAUCGGAAAUCUAAGAAAGUAAAAACAGGCCAGAAGAAUCGGCCGAAUAAUUACCAGGAUAUUUCUGCAAACGUCGCCCUUGAACUUUAAUUUCUCGUCUGAAAAAGUCGAAAAGUUUCGUUGCCGACUUUAUCGUGUCUCGACCUUUCUCCUCCCGCCGUCAUCGAUCUCCUGUUUUCCAGGCCUCUCUGCUCCCCGAUAUUUCUCUGCACACCUUCACGCUGUCCCACCGCCUCCUCACAGGGUGUGUGUGUGUGUGUGUGUGUGUGUGUGUGUAGCGCUGAUCUGAGUAAACAUAAUUAGCUGUGUUUUUUUGUCUUGCCCUAAUAAAAGAGUCAUUUGUUGGACAUUUCCACUGAGCUACAAAGAGGACAUUUAUAAGCCCAGGGCCCAGGUUCGCCCCCAGGCCAACCCCAACAGAACAGACGGGGGUAUUUUUAGCACGGCCGGCGCUCUCUCGCUAGCUCUGCUCAGACACACUCUGUGUGUGUGUGUGUGUGUGUGUGUGUAAGAGGUGUGUGUGUUUUUGUGGUAAGAACCAGAGAUACACAGAUUUGAUCAGACCAGGUUGUGUGAUCUGUGGGGCUCCUCUUCUCUUCUCUGUAUCGAGGUUCUCGUCAAAAAUCUGAUAAAUCUGAAUAAACGGAGGAGGACGGUGUUGGUUACAGGAGCUAAAAACUUGAAGACGACUUUUUAUCAAGUAUAUUGACCCUGACACAACUUCUGUGCAGCGUCUGCUCGAAUUACCUGCACCAAUCUGAUUUGCACUUUUCUUUAAGUCUCGCGAAACUUCGGCUGUUGCAUAUCAAAAUAUGAUAAAAGUUAAGGAGGAAAUAAGAAGUCAAGACUCUAAAAUAGGCGGACACUUUGGCAAAAACAUACUUUUCUAAUUUUUGAUUACUAAAAAAAUCUUUAAAUCUCCCUGUUUAUAGCAUCUUAAGUGAUUUUAAUGUUUGUUUGGAGCAGGUCAUGUUUUAAAAUUUGAAUAAGUCAGUCACAAGAUUCACAAAUAUUAAGGUUCAGCCAAAAAUCUGAUUAAUCUGAAUAAACGGAGGAGGACGGCGCUGGUUACAGGAGCUGAAAACUUAAAGACGACUUUUUAUCAAGUAUAUUGACCCUGACACAACUUCUGUGCAGUUUUCUCACAUAAAAAGGAAACAUCUGCUCAAACUCAUCUGAUUGGACUUUUGCACUUUUCUUUUUAGUAUCGCGAAACUUCGGCUGUUGCAUAUCAAAAUAUGAUAAAAGUUAAGAAGAGCAUAAGAAGUCAAGACUCUAAAAGAGCCACUUGGAGAUAAACACAUUUUUAAAUCUCACUUUUAGUAGCAUCUAUAUUGAUUUUAACACGUUUGUUCAGAGCAAGUCGUGUUUUAAAAUCGUAAUAAAUCUAAAUAAAAGUGCAUAAAGACGUCUUUUUAUGACAAGCAAAAACAAACCAGACCAUCAGUCACAAGAUUCACAAAUAUUAAGGUUCAGUCAAAAAUCUGAAAAUCUGAAUAAAGUGACUCUGUGAAGGAAGACAGCACUGGUUACAGAAGCUAAAAACGUUGACUUUUUGUUGACCCUGACACAACUUCCUUUUACUUCUACGUUAAGAUUUGUGUGAUAUUUUAAUGCUAAAACAUGUGAAAAGAUAAAGUCUGCUCUAAUUAUCACCAAUCUGAUUGGACGUUUGCACCUUCCUUUAAGUCUCACGAAACUUCGGCUGUUGCAUAUCAAAAUAUGAUAAAAGUAAAGAAGAACAUAAGAAGUCGAGACUCUAAAAUAGGCGGAAACUUCAACAAAAUCCUGCCUUUCUAAAUUUUUGAUCAGUUAACGACCUAAAAGAGCCACUUAGUCCUGAAUAAAUCUUCAAAUCUCCCUGUUUAUAGCAUCUUUAGUGAUUUUAAUGUUUGUUUGGAGCAGGUCGUGUUUUAAAAUUUGAAUAAGUCGGUCACAAGAUUCACAAAUAUUAAGGUUCAGCCAAAAUUCUGAUGACUUUUUAAAGACUAUUUGACCCUGACAAAACUUCCUUUUACUUCUACAUAUACUAAUCUGAUUGGACGUUUGCACCUUUCUUUUAGUAUCGCGAAACUUCGGCAGUUGCAUAUCAAAAUAUGAUAAAAGUUCAGAAGAACAUAAGAAGUCAAGAGUCCAAAAUAGGCGGACACUUCAACAAAAUCCUGCUUUUCUAAUUUUUGAUCAGUUAAUGACCUAAAAGAGCCACUUGGAGAUAAAUAAAUCUUUUAAUCUCACUGUUAGUAGCAUCUUUAUUGAUUUUAAUGUGUUUGUUCGGAGCAGGUUAUGUUUUAAAAUCAGAUUUUCUACACAGAUCUGACUGGAUGUUUGCACGUUUCUUUAAGUGUUGCGAAACUUCGGCUGUUGGAUAUCAGAUUGAUCUGCAAAUGACCUAAAAGAGACACUUAGUUCCAAAUAAAUCUUUAAAAUCUCACGGUUAGUAUCAGCAGGUCGUGUUUUAAAAUCGCAAUAAAUCUAAAUAAAAGUUCGUAAAGAUGCAUUUUUAUGACGAACAAAAGCAAACCAGACCGUUAGUCACAAGAUUCACAAAUUUACCAUUUAUCAUUCGUCUCGUCUAGUUGGAGAAAAAGCCGAAUAAAAUAUUUACGAUAAAUAAAUCAGAGUGUGAGAAAAACACGAUUUUAGCAUUUAAAGGAGAAGAUAACGAACACGAAAAUAAAAGUUCCUCACAGGAGCUUUAAAUGACGUUUAAUCGUUGAUAGUUUGAUCGAUUCGUAACAAAGUAAACUGAGUGAAAAUUGAUCGUCUUAUUUUCAAUAAAUCGUCACUUUUCUCUCUGGUCUCUGGAUCUGAUACGACGUCUUUGUUUGAAAACUUCUCUGAAGGACACGCCGUGUUUCCCGCCGCCACAGCCCGCCCUCUCUGUUGCUAAGAAACACGUCCACAAGAAUAUAAAAAAAAAAACGAUCCGCCAUGACGGUGAGAAACCUCGCUCUGGUUUUCGGCUCCCAUCAGACUUUGUUGCCUGUGACCUCGGCGGUCAAAUCCGCCGUGAUGUUGUGGAGCAAUUUUGGUUUUUGGGGUUUUUCUUCUUCUUCGUUUACAGCCGAGGGAAAAAUGUUCAGCUUACGAUCAAUCAGCGUGAAACUGUGACGCCUGCGUCUCCGCGGCGACGUCUACAACUGUGACUCUGUGUGUGUGUGUGUGUGUGUGUGUGUGAUGUAGUGUGCGGUUCUGUACGUGUUCUCCUGCAUGAGUAGAGUGGCGUCAUUACAUCACAACUUUCCAUGCUCUCGCUCCGUGUGUGUGUCUGUGUGUGUGUGUGUGUGUGUGUAAGAGGGGGGUGUACACUUCUCACCUUUUCACGUUAAAUGUCAUCCAGACCACACCCCUGGCGCACACACACACACACUGAACACACACUCUAAACACACACACGGAUUAUUUUAAGGCGAUUUUUUUUUCCGUUUUCUUGCGGCGAAUAAGACGGAUGAAAUCCUGCCAAAUUGUGCGAGUGUGAAAAGAAAAUAUCGAGAAAUGGAAAGAGAGUAAAAGUACACACAUAAUACUCGCUGCGCACACACACGCAAACGCACACAAACACACACACACACCACAGAAAGUACACAAUCGCUCCAAUCUGAUGCUGUAUCUUGGAGUGUGAAAGGGAGCCUUGUCUGGCUGCCCGAGGAACUCCCUUCGACUUUGUGUGUCUGUGUGUGUGUGUGUGUGUGUGUGUAAGUGUGUGUGUGUGAGCAGGCCUGCCAGGCAGACAUACUAAACCACUCUACAUCCAUGUGGCAGCAAAAUGUAGCUUGGAAAACAACCCCACUCUUACACGCACACACACCCCGAGGGCUCCAGAGGCCAGCCGGCGACCUGGUGUGUGAGUGUGUGUGUGUUUAAGUGUGUGUGUGUUUAAGUGUGUGUGUGUGUGUGUGUUUAAGUGUGUGUGUGUUUAAGUGUGUGUGUGUGCGUGCCACAGUAAAAAGAGGAAGUGUACAGGAGCUGUGAAAACAGUUCAGGUCAACAGUUUGUACCCAGACGGGUCGACGGAGAGAGAAGAAAAGCUGCAGAUCCGUCUCUGACGAAUGAAAAUCGACGAUUUCUCGAGACGUUUUGAUGAAAAAAAUCAGAAAUAAAGUUUAAGAUUCAAGAAAAACUUUAUUUAUAACGUCUUAAAACCUCUAAAAUGACAAAAAAGUCUUCUUUAGAGUCAACAAAAAGACACGUAUUUGGAGAUAAAUCCAAACGUUAAUCUCCCGAACGCGCGGCGCGGAUAAAUUAACGUCAACACCUCGUGAAAAGGUCUUAACAUCUGCAGGGACUUAAAGCGCCCUGACGAACGGAGGCGGGGCCUGUUGGGCCGAAUGCUAAUUAGCGACAUUUUUCAUCUAUAAAAGCCGUCUGGCAAUCAGAGUUUUCAAAGCAACAACAUGAAACAGCCAACAGAGCGGCGGCGGCGGAGGCGGCGGCGGCGCAGAGGGCCGAGGCAUCUGUGCUCAAUUUGGGUCCGAGUUCACACAGAGAGAGAGAGAGAGAGAGAGAGGUUAGGAUGUGAGGUGAGGAGAGAGGAGAUGAGCCGGAGAGGAAGGAGGCGAGAGUCCAGGAGGAGGUUUUUCUUUUCUCCGAGUUAAUCAGGGAUAAAAAUAACGACGAAUCGAACGAGACGGACAGGACUGAGAGUGAGUCGGGUUAGAGGUGACGGGUCGGAAACGACGAGACGGAAGUGUCUUUGUGAGCAGAAGUAAGGUGAUCUCAGCUAAGAGGACGAAAAUUCGGUAAAUCACGACUUUAUUUGGGUCAUAUCGUGUCAGGAUUUAGAGAACAUUGAGGUCAUGAGUGAAAUCGCUUUUCUCUGCGUUAUCCAGAGUGUUAACGAAUUUACGUUCGACUGAAAAUGAGUCGUCGUGUUAAAAAACGUCGGAACAGAUGCGAUUAAAAUCUCUUCAUAAUGAUUCCGACAAAUUAUCCGACAGAUAAGUGUUUCGUGGAGCAGGUUUGAUCGCGUUUUAAGUUUCUUUAAAAAAUCGGAAUCACUAAAAGGAUAAAUCUGAUUGGACGUUUGCACUUUCCUUUAAGUAUCGCGAAACUUCGGCAGUUGGAUAUCAAAAUACGAUAAAAGUAAAGAAGAACAUAAGAAGUCAAGAUUUCCAGAUUUUGAUCUGCGAACGACGUAAAACUCUCACUGUUAAUCGCGUCUUUAGUGAUUUUAACACGUUUGUUCGGAGAAGGUCGUGUUUUAAAAUCGUGAUAAAUCUAAAUAAAAAUUUGUCAAAACUGAUUCUUUGAGUGUUUCGUGGAGCAGGUUUGAUCGCGUUUUAAGUUCCUUUAAAAAAAAUCGGAAUCACUAAAAGGAUAAAUCUGAUUGGAUGUUUGCACCUUCCUAUAAGUGUCGCGAAACUUCGGCAGUUGCAUAUCAAAAUACGAUAAAAGUUAAUGACGAAAUAAGAAGUCGAGACUCUAAAAUAGGCGGAGACUUCGACAAAAUCACGCUUUUCCAAAUUUUGAUCAGCGAACGACCUCAAACUCUCACUGUUAAUCGCAUCUUUAGUGAUUUUAACACGUUUGUUCGGAGCAGGUCGUGUUUUAAAAUCGUUUUAAAAGUUCGUCAAAUCUGAUUCUUUAAGUGUUUCGUGGAGCAGGUUUGAUCGCGUUUAAAUUUCUUUAAAAAAUCGUCAAAAAUCAGAAUCACUAAAAGGAUAAAUCUAAAUUUUUGACGCCACAGAGGCCUCGAGCCGACGCUCCAAACGCUUUGAAGAUAAGCCCCUUCAAAAUAAAAGCCCCAGAAAAAGAAAGACGGUCUUUUUUUAAAAGCAGCCGAAUCCGUUUCAGUGUUCGAGACAGCGCCUCAUGGUUCUGCUUCAAAGCGGCGUAUAUUUACAUGUGUUACUCGUGUGUGUGUGUGUGUGUGUGUGUGUGUGUGUGUGUGUGUGUGUGCGUGCCUCACACUCGUACAUAUCUCUUUCCCCUGGAGUAAACUGGGGUCAAACCAGUUAGUGUUGUCACGGCAAUUUGCAGUCCGGCCUCCGCGUGUUUGUUUGCUUUUCACGUUUUUUAAUGACUUGUAUGAAUUCGAGGUCCGUGUGCGCGAAUGUGUGUCUUUACUGUAUCUGUGUGUGUGUGUGUGUGUGUGUGUGAAUAGUGUGUCUGUGUGCGGGUGUGUAACACGGUAAGCCGCCCUCGGGCUGAUAUAUAUUCUUUUCACUCAAACAGCCCAUUUACAGUUCUGGGGUCGGCUCCCUCUCGCUCUGCCGUGACCCGGACCGUUUGGAGGUCAUCGUCAAAGCUGAACUCAGGUCAGCUCGCUAACUGACUCCAGCUCCGGUCCUCUGGGGGUUUUACUGACGGCCCCGCUGCUCAAACUGUGGAGCGGGGGCCCUGGAGUGGGCCGUUUGGCUUCUCCUGGUUACUGUAACCUCUGAAGACGAUUCGGCGCCUCCUGUUCGAGUUUCGCUCGUCUUUCAAUUCACCAUUUGGUUCUUCUUCUUCUUCUUCUGUUUAUGUUGACUUCAGACUAGACAUACCAAACACUCGACUUCCUAGAGAAGAAGUGAGUGUUUGGAAGAGAGCGGAAGAGCUUUCACGCCAGUCCUGUGGCGUCUCCUGAGCUGAAAAGUGACGGAAUUGCGUUGAUAAGGGGUCAAGCGUUUUGGUUUGGACCUGUCCUGGCAGAACCAGACCUGUUCACAGUCAGGUAGAGAAACCAGAAACAGUUCUUCCUCUAUUUGAAGGACGGUUGCUACUGGGUAGAUUUUUCACGACUAUCUACGAUCGUCUUCAUCGCCUUAUGGCGCGUCCGAGUAACCACGGUAGUCGGAAGUCCGAACUGAAAAUGACGUCACUCCCGAGUUCCCAGCGUUUCAGUUACCAAGUCGGAAAAAAGCAAAAUCGGAAGCGGAAACAAGAUGGCUACGUCUACGAAAGUUAUUAUAAAGCUUGCCUUGUCCGAACUUUCGUAGAUGUCGCCAUCUUGUUUCAGGCCUCGGCUUUUUUCCAACUUGGUAACCGACUUGGUAAUGGUUUGGACCUUUCCUGGCAGAACUAGACCUGUUCACUGUCAGGUAGAGAAACCAGAAUCAUUUCCUCCGCUACUUGAAGGUCAGGUGCUUCCGGGUCGAUUUUUCGUGACUAUCUGCGAUCGUCUUCAUCACCUUAUGGUGCGUCCAAGUUACCACGGUAGUCGGAAGUUCGAGCUGAAAAUGAUGUCACACCCGAGUUCCCAGCGUUUGAGUUACCAAGUCGGAAAAAAGCGAAAUCGAAGGUGGAAACAAGAUGGCUACAUCUACGAAAGUUAUUUUAACGCUUGCCUUGUCCGAACUUUCGUAGAUGUCGCCAUCUUCUUUCACGCCUCUGCUUUUUCCGACUGAAAUGCUGGGAACUCGGGUGUGACGUCAUUCCAAGCUCCAAGAACGCUGCAUUAGAUUUGCGUAGUCGGCGUUCAUUGCUUCGUUCCCAGAUCGCAUUAGGGACUAGAUGUUCGAUAGAUUAGUCCAGAACUAAGUUUGGUUCUUGUUGGACUGUUUUAAACGUAGACAAGAGGUCUCAAUCCGAUCUUAGGGUCCGUGGUAAAACCUGGUGCCAAGGCGUACCCGUUAGCGUGCUUCCAUUAAACGUGUUAGCCGAGGAACGUUUCCACGUCCAGGAUGAGAAAUCUCAUUUUCUGUUCUUCAGGCAGGAGCCUGGAAAUGUUUGGAGAACCUUUGCCCUCGGAUCCUCAUCCUCGGAUCCCGUCCUACAGGCAUCCUAAAUCAGCUUUCAUUGAGUUAACCCGGUUUGUACCGUCGAGCGAAACAUCUGCGGCCUCUGAGUCGGAGUUUGGUAUUCGAGACGGUGGAUACAGUAACUUUUAGCAUGUGGGUACUUAAGAGGAACGUUUCAGCUCCAAAACCACAGAGAGAAAAAUACUUUUAGAGGUGAAGAUGAAAGCGGGAGCGAGGGUCAGGUCCUAAAAGACUGUUUCGAAUCAGGAGCGGGGGGGAAAAGUCGGUCAGCGGAGUUCUGCAGAGCGCCGAGGUUUAUGUCUGAUUCUGCAAACGCCGUCAGCUCCGUUCAGAAGCUUUAAGAGGAAGAUUUAAGAUCCGAGUUGUUCAGCUUCUGUGAGGGUGAACUAGUUUAAAUCAAAACCAGAGGUACGUCAGAUUAAAGGUCGUUCAAGAUCAUCAUCUGAAUCCCCGUCUCUUCUGUCUCUAGGGUUCAGGUUUCCACGCAUCGCGGAGGCAGAAGUACGGCAACGUCUUCAAGACUCAUCUCCUGGGCCGCCCUCUGAUCCGGGUGACGGGCGCUGAAAACGUCCGCAAGGUGCUGAUGGGCGAGCACACGCUGGUGACGGUGGACUGGCCCCAGAGUACCGCCACGCUGCUGGGACCCAACUCGCUGGCCAACAGCAUCGGAGACAUCCACCGCAAGAGGAGGAAGGUGAGGACCCGCAACAGGGUACACGAACGUAAAGAAGGGGGCGGGGUUACGUUUGGGGACUGUUAACGGAAAGAAAGGGCGGGAAAAGAUUAAUUUUGAUAAUCUGUAACAGCUGGGAAAGAAUGAACUCAUUUCAGAUUCUUUCAGAUUUCAUAUUAACAAAAAUCUACUAAAUCUACUAAAAGAAAUCGCAAAAUCGUCCGACACCACUUCAAUAUUUCGUAAACGCAACUACAGCCACAUAGACGAGCUAAUAGCGUGUUGAGUUUGAGUGUGAUUGAUCGUGGAUAAUCUAUACUACGUUUUGGAUAAACUACUUUCAGAUUUUAAUGUUGAAAGAAAUCUACAAAAUUAGUCGCAGAAUCGUCCGACACCAUUUCAAUAUUUCGUAAACUCUACUACAGCCUCUAAAGCCCGAGCAUUAAUGAGCUUUUAGCAUUUCCAGUUUGAAUUAACUUAAUUAAUUUGUCGACAGUAAAAUUACGAUUCCAGGAGAAAAAAGUUCUGAAUUUGACAUCAUAGAUAUUUUGUUCUAAACUUCGUACAGAUCGACCUAAACCUGUGAUCUUGUCUUAUAAAAUUACUAUCCUCGUUAGCUAACGACUCAAGUUUGGUAAAUUUGCGAAUUUUCAUCAUAUAUCUACGACUUUUAUAACUUUCAUCGUCUUAUUUUGUCGUAUCUCAUAAUUUCACAGUUUUUGUUGAAUAUUUACGACUUCAAUCUUGAAAAUCUUCAACUUUCAUUUUAUAUUUGCAACUUAAAUCUCAGAAAUUGAUAAUUUUAUUAUAUAUUCAAUAUUUAAAAAUGAGAAAUUUAUAAUUUUUUCUUGUAUAUUCAGACUUCAACCCUUGAAACACCAACUUUUAUUGAAUAUUUUUGACUUAAAUCUAAUAAAUUUAUAACUUCCAUUAAAAAGAGAUGUUUACAUUUUGUAGAUUUACAAUUUUUUUUUGCAAUUUUACAAUAUUUUUCUUGCAAAUUUAAAACUCAAAUCCCUUAAAUUUUUCAAUUUUACUCCAAUAAAGACAUUAAAAUCUAUUAUUUUAGUUCAAUUUUGUCUGUUAAUCUAAUAUUUCAUUAAACUCUUCGACGUGGCCUUAAUCUGCUGUUGUAGAAAGAAGUUAAAAAUCAGUGUUUGUCACUUUUUUGUCAGUUUUCAAGUCUUUUAUUUGCUGCGUUUCUUUGACUUUUAAAACACUAAAAUAAUUUUUAAUAUUCUUAAAUACGUCUGAUGGGAAAGUUCUCGAUCUUCUUCCCUGACAUCCUCAGAUUUUGCCGCUCAGCUCUGUAGUAAAUAUUCAAACUGGACCUUUGAGUUUUGGGCGAACCAAACGUUGAAGCCUUAUCUUCUUGUCGAGCAGAAACAUCGUCCGACAUGUUGAAUAUUCAUGAUCUAAACCUCGAUUGUCGGAGUUGUGUUCGGGACGCGUCGGUCUGAAUCCGCUCACACAAACAGAAAGAAAGAAAGACUAUCGCUGUAACGCUAGCCUCCUUAUCAGCACCGUUCUGGUUACUGGAGCGUGAGAACGACCCCUCCAUCCCUCCAGGAUCACCUGUUUUUUUUUUUAACUCCUCCUCAUCCUCUCGUCUUCAUCUCUCCAUAUUUCUGAAUAUUUUCUCUCUCUCAUUUCGAUCUCGCUCCACUUCCUUUCUCUCUCUCUCCCAUGCCAGGACCAUUUCAGGUAAUCAGCCUCUUCGCUCCCCCUCCUAUUAUCCGUUAUCCCCGAGGCACAUACCUUCGCUCUCUCUCACGAACACACACACACACACACACACACACACACACACACACACACACAGAUAAACACAGUCGAAGCCGCUUGUUUUCCUGUAAAUCAGCCUCCAGUUUUCUCUCUGGAUCCUCGGUAGACGUGGAGAGGAAGAGGGACGUUUUUUUUUUUGGGUGUGGGGGGUCGGGUUUCUUUGGCUGCCCAGGGCCCGGGGACAGUGAGGGGUCGGUUGGGUCUAAUCUGGGCUCUGAUCCCCUCUCCUCUCCCUGGGGACCCCAGCACUAACCUCAUGUAAUGACCCCUGAUUAGGAAGGCAGCCUCCAACACAAGCACAAAGAGGGGCUUUCUGUGGGGGCCCAACACACACACACACACACACACACACACACACCUGAACAUUCCUCUGCUCUCAGCCCAAACAGACUCUGGAUAUAUAGACACCGAUCACACCGGAAAACUCUGGUUACAGUCGCAGGUUUGAGUUCUGAGUCGGUCGACGACUCAACAUCGUUGAGUUUGAUCGAUCAGGUUUAAACUUUAGGGCGGUAAGAGACCUGAGUCUGUCAGUUUUAGUCCAUCGUCGUUUUUCAAACCCCCAAUUUCCAUCGCAUCCGGAACGGCUACGAAAAGACCGUAUCCGCCGAUCGUAACCAUUCAAGUUAACGUGUCAAUUUCCAUCGACUUCUUUCCGUUCCGCUGCAGAUCGCCGGAUUCCGCAGCUGAUCGCAAGAGUUCUAUUUUUUCCAGACGCCGGAGCAUGCCGUAAAAAUUCAGCACAGAUUAACCCGUGCUGAAAGGAAGUCGGGCACAGACACAAAAUAAAACAACCGGCUUCCGUUCAAACAGGCGGAGACGAACAAGUGAAAGGUUUUUAGACGUCAUUUCACCCCGAUGACACCAUGGAUGAGGAGAUGCUGAUUCUAGAAGUCUAGAAGUAGAUUUCCUCCUCUGGAAGGACACAAUCUACUGCUUGUAUGUCUAUGUGGCUAAGAGACAACUUAUUAUCGGGGCGACUUCACGUGAAUCUGUGGGUUUUCAUGAGUUCUCACGAUUCCUGCUGUCUGAAAUCCGCUACGACAAACGGACCUGGUAGGAAUUGCCGUUCCGGAUGCGGUAAAAAUUGGGGGUUCGAUCACAGAAGUUUUUAGUCCUGGUGAUGUGGUUCAUCGAGGCCUGACCAGCGAACGAUCCUGCAGAGGGAUCAGAAUCGAAGAGGCAGAAACCUCGAGCACAACCAGACCUGAGGUAUUUAGGUUCCUGUCUUAUUGUUGCGUUUUUAAGAUCUGGAUUCCGGUGAUAUACGUCACGCACAGAAACCGUCCGGUGCGCUCUAGUGCUUAAAUUCGUAGUUGCAAGAACCGAGUCUGAAAGAGGUCAACUUUAGGAUGCUUGACAACGCAACGCCUUCCCUUCCUCGCCAUUUCCCCCCCAAAUUUCCCAGAAAUCAAUCACGCCAAACGAACCUCAUGGUCUCUACCGAAGGAGGUGGAAGAUCUUGAAAGAGGGCAACGGUACGCCCCAGUAAAGGCGCUCCUCCAAAAUUAGGGGCAGGUGCAGAAAAAGUCGUUAGUGGACACAGGCCCUAAAGGGGGACACGUUUAUUGAUCAGAGUCAUGACUUGAGGAGCAGGGCGGGGUUAGGGUCAGGUCUGGGUCAGGUCUGGGUGUGUGUUCUUGUGCAGGUGUUGGUGUUUGUCAGCUCCACACAGACAGAAGAGAAAGAAAGACAGAGCGACUGGCUCACCGUCUGACCCACUGGACCAGAACCACUCCUCCUCAUCGUGUCUGUGUGUGAGUGUGUGUGAGUGUGUGUGUGUGUGAGUGUGUGUGUGAGUGUGUGUCAGCCCUCCUUGUGGUUUCGGUACGGAAAAACAAUCUUCACACAGUACAUUAGCCUUUGGUGGAUCAGCAGAGCAGCCAGUUUCCAUCUAACCCCGUGUUAAGCUAAGAAAUAACUCUCUGAAGAGCCGCGGCGGCGGUGGCGGUGGUGGACUGGUUUUCCACUACGGGACGGUCAGGGCCAAACGGGGCCACAUCGUCCUGGUCCGAAAACAACUCCUCUGCUCGGACAGAUUCACUCGAUCACCGUCAGGACCACAGCAGAAUUCUCCCCGGAGGUGACGGCUGACAGUCUGAAACUCAAAGACGAAUGUUGGAACGACUGAAAACGACUCAAGAGACGAUCUUUAGGGGUUAAAGUUCCUUCAAGGAGCAAAUUCUGUAAAUUUAACCUUUUUGUUUUUACUUUUUUGACCCCGAAAGUUUAAAUGUGAUUGAUUACAAAUUUCACGACUCGAGUCAAAAAACGUUGAUAAAAAAUUACGAUUCCAAGAGGAAAUAUCGGCCGAUAUAUCGUUUUAGACUUCGUACAGAUCGACCUGAACUCGUGAUCCUACUAUUCUCGUAAGCUGACAACUUGCGAAAUUUUCAUAAUAUAUCUACGAUUUUAAUCUUUGUUUUUUACAACUUACAUCGCCACAUUAUGUCUGAUUACGGCUUUAAUCUUAGAAAUCUUCAACUUUCAUUUUGUAUUUGCAACUUAAAUCUCGUAAAUUUACAAUUUUGUCGCAUAUUUAAGAUUUAAAAAUGAAGAAUUCACAACUUUUCUUGUAUAUUGAGACUCAAACCCUGUUAAACAAGUUUUACAAAAUAUUUUUGACUUUAAUCUACUAAAAUUAAAACUUUGAUUAAAUAGUUAUGACUUUGACAACUUUGAUCUUAUAAAUUGACGACUUUUAUCACAGAUUAACAUUAAUUUUCUUGUGAAUUUACGACUGGAAUCCCUUAAAUUUGCAAAUAAGGGACUAAAGUUCUUCCAAGGAGCAAAUUCAGCAAUUUAACCUUUUCUUUUUUACUGUUACAACCCCAGGAGUUUACAAAUAUAUCUAAUCUUUUCAACGUCUCUCCAUAUUUAACAAAACGCCUGAUUUUCAACAAGAGUGUCGACAAAUCCAGCUCUGAAAAUCCAAGAUACUGAUCGUCUGAAGUUUGCAAAAGAGCAGAAACAUCAGAGAUAAAGGUUUAAUGUAUUUGGAGCUGCAUGGACGAGACUUAAAACCCGUUAUUUGACACGAAAAUUGAACAAGAAAUCACAGGUUUUCAGAAAUGCAGCUCAGUCGUUGUUCCGUGGACGAUUUGGACGUAACUGUCUGAGUUUGCACCAAAUCUUGCAAAGACUGCGUCAAAUUUUCAGACGUAUUUUGCACGGACAGCUUAGAAACCACAUUUGCUCACUUUUUGCACGUUCUGGUAACAACAGAAGAGCGUGUAGUCGACCUUUUCUGCUCACAGUAAGCAGAAGACCUCAUUAAGGCGUCCGUCCUCACCUCAGAGCCGCGGUCUGAACCGUCAGAAACACUCAGUAUCCACGCUGUAGUAAACACGGCGAGACCUGCGGUGGAAAAGCGUCCCUCUGAAUCCAAGUGAAGAGCACACUCGGGCAAACACACGCUCUGUUGACAGUGGCAGCUCUCGGACAUCCAUUUUUUUCACCUCUUCUCUCAGUUCCAACAUUUUCCUCUUUAUUUGUUUUUCUUUUUUUUUCCUCCUGAACCAAAAAACUUCUAAACCCUAAAUUUAGAGAAUAAAGAAACACGGACAGGAAUAACAGAGAGACGGACGCACAGAUUUACAGACUGUGGAAUCAGUGUGUGUGUGUGUGUGUGUGUGUGUGUGUGUCUCUUUCCUGUGAUUCAGGUCAUGGCCAGUAGAGGGCACUGCCAAUUCUAGCUGAGCUGGAGCCGAGAGUGUCUGUAACCUCUGUGCUUCUCCAGGUUUCCUCUCUCUGUUUGAGGUCAAACUCUCAGAUUAGAUCAGAUUAAAAGGAGCUGGAGUUUGAUAAUUACAUCAAGAUUAAAUCACUGCAGGAGUCCUCCAAUCAAAAUAAAGACAAAUAAACUCAGAAGUUUUCAUUUUCCUGAAUCUCCUCCUUAAUAUUUUUAUUUUUCAGACUUUUAUUAAAGUUUUUAACUUUAUGAAGCUGCAGCUGGUUGAUUUAAGUUUUUUAAACCGCCUAAAAAUAAUUCAAAAUCACAUUUUUUAUCCAAUAUUAGAAAACUACAAAUAUAUAAAGUUAAUAUUUGAAUAAAACCAACAAACUUUACAUUAUAUCUGUCGUUUGGAUGACCUCUGAGACGAUUACUGCAGAUUUAUAAAAGCAUCAGCUGCAGCAGGUUCAUUUACAGAUGUUUCUGAUAAAUUAUGUAACUUUAUCUCUACGGGAAAAACACGAAUAUCAGCCGUGCCUCUGUUUAUUAGAUACUAUUAAAAGGUGAAUAAAUACAUAAUUGAUUCUCCUCUUUAUAAAGAGAAUAAUUUUAAUUUUCAUUAACGGACAUUUCACUCUCUCUGUUUAUGAAAAACAAACAAAAAAAGCAUACAACACCACUACAUUUUUAGAAAAGUUUUUAUUUACACUAACCCGUGUAUAUAUGCCGUAAAGAGCAUGCCAAACCUGUAGGUGGCAGUGUAGCAAGAAGCUCAAGCCCACGCUAGCCACAACAACAACAAUAACAUCACUUCCUUCUUUUGGAAAAGAUGCAAAUGCAAAUAUUACGGGAUUGCACCAGGAUAAAUGCGACUGUUAUUCUGCAUGGAUCCAUAGAUCGUAAACUAUGUCGUAUUUAACCCAGUUUCCGGCGCGCAAUCGGCUGUCGGCUAAACCCAAAUCUCAGCAUUUCUCCGUUUACAUGCAAACAGAGUUUUUCAAAACCUCCACUCUGGCCAAAGUUUUUAGAAAGCAUCAUUUUCAGAGGUGAAUUCUCCGUUUGUGUCUAAAUGAAGGGAUGAAAACGAUGGUUAACGUUGUCGUCCUCAUCGUCGUUUUCUCCCGCUAUCCGGCUUCAGGAGGGAAGCCCAGACGGCCCUCACCUCAGCCACUUCCACCAGCUCCUCCGGGGGGAUUCUCAGGCGCCCCCAGACCAGGCGAGAGAUAUAAUCCCUCCACCUGGUCCUGGGCCGGACACGAGGCGUCCAGAAGGCGUCCUAACCAGAAGCCUGAGCCACCUCAGCUGACUCCUCUGGACGUGGAGGAGCAGUGGUUCUACUCUGAGCGCCUCCCGAGUGUCCAAGGAAACACGUUUUGGCCGCAAUCUUGUUCUUUCAGUCAUUACCGAAAGUUCAUGACCACCGACUGAUCGGCUAAGCAUCCGCAUCACUGCUGACGCCGCUCCGAUUCCGCCUGUCGAUCUCUUGCUCCCGUUAAUGUCUCCUUUUUUUGCUGCGUGUUUAUACCGGUAUAUGACCGUGCUUCUGUAUUGAUAAAGUUAACGGAGGCUAGAAUUAGAAAAAGUGAAACUGAUGCUGAUAAAUAAACAUUUAUUUAAGCUAUAAAACAGCGAGAAAAAUUGGCGCAUGUUUGCAGCAGCAAUCCAGAAGAAGCUACGGCAUGAUGGAGCUCAGGGACGAUGUUUCAGAGAGGGAGCACAUUUUUGCAAUGCACCCAAAGAUUGACACAUCGUGCACGGACUGAAACAUGUCUGUUUGAGUGACUCCUUAACUGGAUUACAGAUCGGAAAAAUGCGAACUCUGUGUGCAAAGAUGUUAAGGAAUCCUGUUUCCCACUGGUGAACAAAGUUUGCAUUAUGUCGACGUAUGCGCACACGGAUGACUGAUUAAUAACCACUCGGUUUGGCGUGCUUAUCAGCGCGUUUGAACAAUUUUUGCAUCAAACCUAAAGAAAAAAAAACUUCUUUUGCAAAAAUUCGUACAAUAAUGUGACGAUUUUAACGUUAGAGUCAGUGAUGAUGGAAGAGAGACUGAGAGAAAAGAGGGAAUCAAACCGUAUUUUAAACGGAGGUUGGAUGGAGGGGCAGGGAGAGACGGGAAGAGGUGGGAGAGAGAGAGAGAGAGAGAGAGAGAGAGAGAGAGAGAGGGAGGAGGGCCGAGAGAAGAAUAAAGGAGUCUUUACAUGUCUGUGGAACCAGCAGCUCGCAGCACUUUCACAUAAUUUAAGACAUAUGGACGUUAUUAGGACGACCGUGUCUGUGUGUGUGUGUGUGUGUGUGUGUGUGUGUGUGUGUGUGUGUCUUAAGCCUGUGUCUUUGCGCUGCGGGCUACAGAAGACAGUCACGUUUUUGUGGUGCAGAGAAAUGACUGUUGAACUGAACAAUCCCCCUCUCCACACACACACACACACACACACACACACACACACACACACACACCCCGUCCUGCGUAGAACUUGGUAUGUCCCAGAGUGACACUGCAUAAAAAACUGCGUUUGAUUGACAGCCGUGCGGCGGCGGCGAGGGAGAGGGAGAUACUCGGCGUGUGUUUGUCUGACCUGUAGUUACCUCCAGACGGACUGACUCACUGGUCCUACAGUAGCUCCACUCUGCUGCUCCAGAUCCGUCUCUGAAGGUGUGUGUGUGUCAGUGUGUGUGUGAGUGUGAGUGUGUGUCUGAGAUUGAUCAAUUACGCCUAAUCCAGCACAGACAGGUUAAAUAGGUCGAUUUGAGACCUUACACAACCAUCUUUGGCUCAGUCAAAUUGGACCAGAUCACCUUUAAGUCCCUUUAAACCUUUUUUUGUUCAUUUCUGAGGUCUCUCUCUCUCUCUCUCUCUCUCUGAAGAUGUUUGCGAUGACUCCAGCAGAUGUUUGUCCAGAACCCUAGACAUGGUUAGGUAAAGAUAAAACAUGAUGCAGGUCCGUCAGUGCGUUCCCACUCUUCAUGCACCGAUUCCUCAUCGUGUUUGUUGCUCCUGAUGUCAUUGCGCAAUUUUGCGUUUCGGUCUUCAUGUGGUUUGGACUUAUCAGGGACGUCUCGCCGUGGAAAUCCUUCAUAAAACAGUCAUGUCGUGAUUUGUAAAGGUACAUCAUGAUCCUAAAAAAAGGCAUCAUGACUUCUUAAAGGUGGGGUAGUCCGGAUCUGAGGAAGCGCCAGUUUUUAGGAGAAAUCUUGAAUGUAAACUCUACCCCUCCAGCAAGCCCCGCCCACAAACAGACGCUCCUGCUCGCUCGUGUCGUUCCAAUUAAAUUCAGAUAUAAAUACAAAUGGGGCCCAGUCAAGGUGAAAGUCAGAAGCAUUGGUGCUACUGUAGAUGCCAACAGACUACCAGCAAACACAAUUAGGGUUGGGCAUCGAGUCUCGAGCAUCGAUGGGGACCGGGACUAACAUUCCGAUUCUCCCGGAAUUGUUCAAAUUCUAAAAUCUCGAUUCCAAGUUUCAAUCCCAGUAGAAAUAGCCGCCGAACACUACAAUGGAGAACCAUUAGGAACCGGAAUUGAAACAAGGAAUUGGAAUCGGGACCAGAAUCUUCUACAACUAGGAUAAAGUGACAUAGUCCAGGACCCGAGGUCAACAGUUUAGCGAUGGCGCUACAACACGCUACAGCAGGUCCGUUUGACAAGAAACACUUCUGUUACAGACACUUGUCUUACUUUGUUAAAGCGGUUUACCUGUCCAGCAGAAAGGUUACAGGGUCACCAAGAUCCCCAAGCGUCCCCCAUCGUUUAUGUUGACCCGGCUUUUUAGCUCUUGUCCGGUCUACCUCCGUUUUAAGCGCCCGUUAUUCCUCCAGAGUCUCCGGUAUUUACUUUGUUUUCUUGCUUGUGUCGGCAGUCGUGGCCAAAGGAGGAUUCAGACAAUUUUCCGAACUUUCUGGUUGGUUUCUACUGUCCGAUAUUGUAGCACGCUAACUUUGUUUGGGCUCCUGAACGACACGGGGGAGCAGCGUCUGCCUCACAACCAAUCAGGUCAGGGAGGCGGAGAACGACUUUGUUGACAGUUGACUACACAGACGUAAGAGAACACAAAUAUCAUCAAUAACAAAUACUGACGACAUUUGAUCUUCACGGAAUCUUGCCUAACCCACCUUUGACCUCUCCAGGCUAACUCUGCCUCCUCCGCCUUGUUACCUCAGAGGCGUCCACGACGGCCUCGCGUUCCUCCUCAGACUGCUCUGAGGUCAGACGGCGUGUGUAAUCCCCGGUGGUCAGGGUUGGAAAGCAGGUCAUGUAAACUGAUCUGUAACCAGUAACCCCGGGUGGGGCAGCGGAGGAAAUGUAACGUCUUGCAGCGCUCUGUGAUCUGCACACACACACAGAUACACACACAGAGCUUAAUAUACUGUACACACACUCACCCUUACAGCGCACACGUCCGUGCACACGGCGCUGAGCUCAGUGGACUAUUGUUCAUUCAUUCUGAGCGGCGGAGGGAGGGAAAGAUGGCAACAGACGGGGAAGAAAAGGAGAGGAAAAAUGGAGCGGAGGGUAAAAUAAGAGCGAGGGUGCCCAACUGUUGGUUUGGUGGCUGAAACAUGGACCUCAGGAACCACAUCUACCCUCGCUGGCCGCGUCUCAAAGCCCGCUAGAAGCUCCUUUAGUCCCUCUCAGACUCCAUUAUGUCUCAGUGGAAAGAAGCAGGAACAGAGUGUCUUCAUAACCGUGUUGCUUCAGCGCGUUAACAUGUGGAAAAUAUAUCCUGAAUACACAAUAAAGCCUUUUUGGAGCGACAGAAGCUCCAGAGCACACUUAAGUGUACCCAUACAGCGUUUCCAAAAGGGUUCGUCUGGACAUAUACUGGACUCAGUGGAUCCAGGAGCCGGGGGCAUGUGGGUUUCUUUUCCAACGUUUCUAAGAGUCGACAUGGUUUUCAGCACAGUUGAGUUUAUCUGCAUGGUUAUAAAGAGUAGGAAUUAGAUCAUAAAAGGAAGCCACAAUGAUACUAUAAAUCAAGACCGCAAACAAGCUGCAAUUAUUAGUUUGUGCAAGUCGGGGAGGAAAGAAAAAAGCUCAUAAAAUGCAGAAAAACACUUUAAAAUAAGCAAAAAGUAAAAAGAGGAGAAAACAGAAAAAAAUGAUAUUUGUGCCAAAGAUCGGCACACAUCUUAAAAAAACUGUAACGCUCUGGAUGAACCGAGGAGCGAGGGCUGAUCACCCAAAGUUAAGAUGUUUUAGUCUCAAAUACAAACCAUGUGGAGGAGGCGUGGCCUACGAUAACUUCAAAAUAAAAGCUUAUUAAUAACUUCUGCAACUAAGAAGAUCUAAGAUGUUCGUAAAUUAUAACAUGUACUGUUCACAUUUUCUUAGUGUUUCCAGUUACAGUCUAAGGAAACCAUCAUGCACCUAAUUUCAAAAUAAAAGCUAGUUAUAACGUCUGCGACACCUAAUUCUAAGAUGUUCGAUGACCAUCUUUCUUAAAAUAAACGUAAAUUACAACAUGUACUGUUCACACUUUCUUACUGUUUCCAGUUACAGUCUAAGGAAACCAUCAUGCACCUAAUUUCAAAAUAAAAGCAUGUUUUUUGUUUUUUUUACAAUGCGGAUGAUCGAACAAAACUAAACUUGGUUGAAAUGUCAAAAUAAAAGCAUCACAAAAAACCUUUCUUUAAAAGAGUUUCUGUCAUAGGGAUGACGACCUCGUAGAAAUAAACGAUAAGUUUUUAACGUCUUCUUUCAACAAAAUUUGGUCACUGAAAAAAAAACAUACUUGGAAGAAACAAAUUUGUAGUAAAAUGAAGUAAAAUCUGAAAAUUCCCAUUUUUACAGCAGAAACGACAAACUCAUAACUGUUUGCAUAAUUUCAAAAUAAAAGCAUGUUUUUAAAUACGAGACAGUAGGAAGAAGCGUCAAAAUCACAAUAAAGUAAAACAAGAAUAACAAAGUUUGAAGGGUUAGAAAACUUCCCCUCAAACUGGGAUAUUCGUCAUUUUCUUUUUCUUCUUCUUCUUCUUGGACCUCUUGACCAAGUUUGAACCGUUCUGCGGAAAGCUCAAGAGGUUAAACACAGCAGACUGAUAUUUAUUUAAAUAAAGUUAAGUGUCGGUGACCGAUUCCGACGAAUAUAAAAGCCUUAUUCUUGUCGAGUCCGCUCACGUUUCUAAAUCACAGUUUUAGGGCCGUUUUAGAGGUUAAAUCAGAUGGAAUGUUAUUUGUCCAAACAACACUGACGACUUUCGACUGAUUCAUACAAAGAAAUACUACGAGCAGCCAGGAAAGACUUCACCCCCUCCUCCUCCUCCUCGUUCUCCUCCUCCUCCUCCUGCUCUCUUUCGCUCUUUCUGUCUGUCAUUCCAGUUCUGCUGACUAUGGGGAAAAACCUCCACAAUGUAUAAGUCUCUGUAAAGGGGGACGGAGGGGGAGAAAGAGAGAGAGAGAGAGGGUUUAGGGGUGAAUAAGGACUGGACAUCGCCGAAAAAGGAGUGGGGAAUAAACAGUGAAUGGAAAGUCUUGUGGAGGUAUAAUUCAUUAGAGAGAAAAGGGGAUUAAUGGAUCGUCGAGGUUGUAGAGAAGUGACAGGAGAGAGAAGAAAGGUUAAUAUGAGGAAAUUUGUGCAAGGAUCGACUCUGGAAAAUGUCAAGUGAGUCACAUGCACGUCCGCGAGCCAGUUUUAUAGUACAGUAACAGCGUCUAUAGGAGUAACAACAUAGUGUUUGAGAGGUGGAUGUGUCGACUUAUUAAGUUGUGCGGCUUUUGUUCGGGUUACGACGACUGUAUCUGUCGACGGGCCAACUCCGAGAAUUUACGAGCGUUUAAUGAAAACUUUGCUUGAUCUUAUCAGCCCCGAACAGAAAGGUGCGGUCCCGCUCUGCAUUUUAACUAACGUGCCUCUCUCUUGUGUCUUCGUAGGUGUUUGCCAAAGUGUUCAGCCACGAGGCCCUGGAGUCCUACCUCCCGAAGAUCCAGCAGGUCAUCCAGGAAAGCCUCCGGGUGUGGAGCUCCAACCCUGAGCCCAUCAACGUCUACAGGUACAGCAGGGGUCAAUGAACGGAGGUGGUAGGGUGGCGGAUGGAUGUAGAGGUAGAAAAACACCAAACUUUUGAGAAAGAAGGGUGGACAAAUCAGAGCAUCAUCAGCGUACGUAGAGAGUCGUUCAGUUACCAGACAUCAUCGAUUGUUUUGGUUUGUUUUUCCGCAGGGAGAGCCAAAGGUUGUCCUUCACAAUGGCGGUGAGGGUGUUGCUGGGUUUCAGGGUGUCAGAGGAGGAGAUGAGGAACCUGUUCUCAACCUUCCAGGACUUCGUCGACAACCUGUUCAGCCUGCCUAUCGACCUGCCGUUCAGCGGCUACAGGAAGGUACUUCCAACUCUCUCCUUGAGUCACCUCUUGUCUCCUGAAGCUAAGACAUACUGUCAGGUGAUUUAUCUUGUUUCUUUAAGUGCCAAUUUCCGUUUCUCUGUGUUUGCAGGGUAUCCGUGCUCGAGACUCCUUACAGAAAAGUAUAGAAAAAGCCAUCAGAGAGAAGCCGCUGUGUUCCCAGGGGAAGGAUUACAGCGAUGCGCUGGACGUGCUGAUGGAGAGCGCCAAGGAGAACGGCACUGAGCUCACCAUGCAGGAACUGAAGGUAACACGCCAGUACACUCGGUAGUGUUUACAGUUAUAGCGCAGGUAUGCACCAACUCUGCUGGGGUUUCACUCCUGCGUACUCACAGUUGCACAUAAAGAAGAGAGUCGCUGUUUUUCGGAGUAAAGUCCUGCCAAAAGGAACCUGUCUUAUAUGACUGAACACACAUCUAUAAACCAACAAAUAUCAUAAUUUGUACAACAAAUCCUCCUGUGAUCAUAGGCAAUGAAAGUGACUUUAUAUAUAUACACACAUCUUGAUGUAAAAUACGACUGCAGGGAUGCGAGGCCGGUGCCCAGAGGCCGACAGUAAGAGUAUAAGACACGCACACUCACGGACAGGCACACCCUCUAUUUACCUAUUAAAGUAACUCUGAGGAAUUCUGUGGAAACUCAACUCUCUCUCUGCGUCUCUCUCGCUCUCUGUGGUUUCUGGGUGAAGUCCAGGGCCAAAAAUAAGUCAACACUCCCCCUGCUAGGGGUCUGAAAGAGGCCUCCUGUACGCACACACUCACACACACUUAUAUAUAAAUACACACACAGAGUGAACUGGGGAGCCCCUGUCGCGGAGGCCCACGCCGAAGCCCUCUCCUGCAGCUUUCUGACGCACACAUAUAUCUCACACGGACACGGGGUGAGGCUGAGAUCUGUUUUGACACGGAUGAUGGUAGAUGAGAGGUCGGUAAUGAGUGUCGUGCUGCCCAGCCACAGUGUUAUUUAUUCCACUAGCUUAAUAAUGGGCCGGCUACGGCGUGCUAAAUGUUGUUAUUGGAUUUGAACUUUCCGAAAGUGCUACUUUUAGGAAAGAAAAACAUCACACUUUUAUUAUGUCUUGGCUUUUGACAUUUGUUUUGGCCGUGCCGUUACGAAACAAAUGGCAAGCGUGAGGUGUGAGAUGGUGGAUUCGUGCCCAAAGUGAGGUUGAAGGCGCGGGGUUGGGUUCGCUCACAAGUAUCCUACAUAAUCGCAGACAAAAACAUUUCACAUAACAGACGACUCCACAACAUGUGAGGUUAGAAAAACCUACUUUACUCAUCCUUAACUGUGUUUUUGUUUUGCUACCAACCCUGACGCAGUAAUAGCGACUACGGUAAGGCUUUUGGCCGAGAGCCUAGCUCAGUUUUAGCAUCCUGUGCUUCCAUCUUUAUCACCACUUUGUGGACCAUUUACUCAAGUGACAAGCAUUUAGCCCAUCAGAAGCUAAGGCGGAUCCAGUUGGCUCGUCCACAAAGUAAAGAUUAAUCAGUUUAAAUUACAGAUCAGAAAGGAUCGGUACUUGGAGGGAGUCUGGACUCAUGCUGGAAUUAUGCUUACUUAACUGAUCAAUGACUGGCUGUUCCCAAAUCUGGCUCAGAGGGGAUUGUAAUAGUGAGUGGUAGGUCGGCGAUGUUUGGACGCUUUGUAAUGGAAAGUCAGGAUUAAGUACAAAUACCCCCGAGAGGCUGGAAGAUAAAAUCUAAGAGUUUCAAGAUGAUAAAAAAAGAAAAUUAGGGUUCAUGUUUGAGUAUCGCUUAUCAUCCGGCCAACCGCUUAGUGGCCCAAGUGGGACCCAUAUGGAUUCCACUCUAGCCACUAAACGGUCUGGUUCAGUUUUGUGCAAUAUGAUAAGUAAUUAUUUGUUUUGGGUCAUGAUUUUACUUUGAAAAGCCCUCCAUGCUUUGACAUGCACACCAAAAAUCAAGCUGUUCCAAGGUCAGACAAAUGCCAUGGUACGGGGACAGUCUGCUGUGGUAGCUGAAAACAAUACCCUACUGGACAAAACCAGACCCUUUGGUGGAAAUCCUUGGGUGUACUGGCUUGACAGACCCAAAGUUGUUUUAAAAGUCCCGCUAUUAUACCAUUUACUUCUCAACCCUCCCUCAGGAGUCAACCAUCGAGUUGAUCUUUGCUUCCUUCGCCACUACGGCCAGCGCCAGCACCUCCCUGAUAAUGCAGCUCCUCCGCCACCCUCAAGUCUUGGAGCGUCUGAGGGAGGAGCUGAGAGCUCGGGGCCUCCUCCACAACGGCUGCCUUUGCCCGGAGGGAGAGCUGAGGCUGGACACCAUCGUGAGCCUGAAGUACCUGGACUGUGUCAUCAAGGAGGUGCUGAGGCUCUUUACACCCGUCUCAGGGGCCUACAGGACCGCAAUGCAGACCUUUGAACUUGAUGUGAGUAUUACAGUCAGUUUUCUUUCUUUGGAAACUUUUGUAGGACAACUUUCUCAGCAUCGUCACCUUCUUGUUGAAGAGAUAGUUCUCAUUUGCUGCAUCUCUGUGUCUUUGUGCCUCCAGGGGGUCCAGGUUCCAAAGGGCUGGAGCGUGAUGUACAGCAUCAGGGACACCCACGACACCUCGGCUGUCUUCAAAGACGUGGAUGCCUUCGACCCUGAUCGCUUCAGUCAGGAGCGAGGAGAAGACAAAGAAGGACGCUUCCACUACCUUCCAUUCGGUGGCGGCGUCCGGUCCUGUCUGGGCAAGCAGCUCGCCACUCUAUUCCUCCGCAUCCUCGCCAUCGAGCUGGCCAGCACCAGCCGCUUUGAGCUCGCGAGCCGGCAGUUCCCCCGUGUGAUCACGGUACCGGUGGUGCACCCCGUUGACGGGCUGAAGGUCAAGUUCUACGGCUUGGACUCCAACCAGAACGAGAUCAUGGCGAAGUCAGAAGAGCUGCUCGGAGCGACGGUUUGAAGGGCAGAGAGUUUGACAAGAAAAGGGGGGAGAGGUGGGUUAGCAAAGAAGUCUGAGGGGGAAGAUUGAAGGAAGGAAAGAAAGAAUUUCAGUUAUUUUUUCUCUUCCACAUUUGCUCUGCUAAGUUGGGGGUUCCUUUUAGGACUAAAAGAAAAAGCAGAGGUCCUCAUCUCUCGGGACAUACCUCUGAGAAAGGAAGAUGCUGCCAAAAAGUUCUUAAAUAUGCUCUAUUCUUUGUGUUUUUUGAGAAGUAUACAAACAAAAUCUAUUUACAAAAAAGCUAUGUAAUAUAAUUUGAAGUAGGACGUGGGUAGUGCACAAUGGUAGUAAGGGAAGUACGGUGGUACUCGUGGUGAAAAUAGACAAGUGAAAGGUAGGAUGCUCGUGGAAGGAAGGAAGGACAGAUGGAUGAAACAGGGUAUAGGAUGAGAUGAGAAAAUUAUAUUUUAGCGUUUUGCUAGCUCUUAAUCAAAUGCAGUGAAUCAUAGCAGUUGUCUAGCAGGGUAAAAGUGAUGGAUACAUAGACUGAAUGUUUUAUAUGUUCUGGCGAUUUUAACGCCUGAUGAUUUCGCGGUGCCACCCAGAUUCAACCGAUUACCUGAAAGAUUUGAAUGCAAGACUUUGGUUCCUCAAGGUCCACGAAGAGUCAAACGGCACCAGUAAAACUUUUCCAAAUCAACCAUAUCAUGAUGCAGGAAACUCUUUGACUGGCUUCAGUUUAGUACCAGCACUAAUAAGGGUCAGGGAUCGAGGCCUAGAAAUGAGGGAUGUAGUUCUGCUGGAGAUGCUAACACACGCCAGUUUAAAACCAUGUUUUAACCCCCUUUGUCUGCUGUUGCCUCGACAUAUUCCGACUCUUAAUUUGUCCUCGCUUGUUUCCUCAAGUAGAAUAAGCUAAUAUGAUCAACAAUAGAAGAUAAAACAAGCGCUUGAGGAAGUCCAAACCAGAGUUUCUGGUUAAUUCCAAACUGGUCCUGACUUGGAAAACCAACAGACAGUAAAUACUGGUGUACCGUUUGAUUCCACAGCAAGCAUGUGUGUCUGCAGAAAUGGUUUCAGGGGGUAAAGAGUGGGGCGUGGCACACAUGCUUACCGUGGAGUCAAGAGGUACUCGAUUCUAUUGUCUUAGCUCGCCCGUUGACCUUGUAAUGUAACCCAUAGUAACCUUGCUGGUAUGUGAACUCAGGUGAAGAUUAGGCGUUGUGGUUGACAAUGAUUUAGCGUUUUAACUCGGACUGGCUGCACAUAAAUACCCUCACUUACUCACUGUAAAGGUUUCUGAGCUAGACCAAGCGGUCCACAAAGAGAUUUCAGGGGUUUCCGAUCUGCAGCUUUUUUGUACCCACCCAAGGAAGCUAUUUCCGAGGUGCAACCUCAUACAACAAUUGGCGUCACGCAUGAGGAGAGUAACUAAAACCCUCUGAGCAUUUGUUUUGAUGCAUAAACUUCACUUUCAAGUUGCGUUGAGAUUGAACUCUUUUGGACAGCGACCCGCCGCGGAAACGCAACGAAGCGGUGCGACUUCCUGAUCUGGAGGGGGGGGAGGGGAAAGGAACGAGGGACAGAGUGGAGCUGGGGAGGAGAAAACCUUCAUACAUGCUGCUUGAAUGUCGCUUUGUCAUACUGUGUUUGUUUGUUUGUUUGUUUGUUUGUGUGCUGUUUUUUGAUUUCCCAUCUCUGUGGGGCAGCCGUCUGGAGCUCUGUGGAGAAAGUGACAUUCUGUCUUGCUGCUCCUCCAAUCAACGCUAAAAAUGCAAAACAAAACAAAUUCCAUGGUUAAGCAACUUUAUUAGCUGAAAGAGAUUUAUUGUUUGAGGUGAUUGCACAAUCAGGACUCUCAGAGCUUUGUGUGUCCCAGAGUCGGACGGAGUUCUUUCGUCGUGUUCUCGUUCAUGGAAAAGCUUCUGCUGCAGAACUCUGGGACUUAUUCGCAGAACUAACUGGACGCUCGAUCGAAGCCCUGAUAACCCGAGUUCGAGAGGAAUGGACCAAUGAGAUUUCAGGGGAGGGCAGGAUCACUCUCAGAGGGCUCUUCUUAUUGGACGAUCCUGUUGUCAUGGAUUCUGCCUGUGCUCGACUUUGUUCACUCUUUUAACAACCACACCACUGAUUUCUUCCUCUGAAAAAAAAAACCUUAAAAAUAGAAUUUUUUGCUGCUUUUCUUGUGUACAUUUUCUAUUUGAGAAUUAUAGAUUGCAAUAGUUUGUAUCGAGUGAGAUUUUCCAUUUCUUCCCUUUUUUAUAUAUAUGAUUUAGCUGAUUAAAAUAUUUGCAUUUUGUGAAAGUAAAGAGCAUUAAUAGGUAACAGUGUAUAUUAAUUUGUACAAUAUUUCUUUCCUUAGCAAGCCAUGGGGAAAAUCAGCUAUUUACAUCUACUAAUAACCUAAUAUUAAUGUUAUUGUACGAUUAAUAUUGUUGUUAUAAGAUAUUUGAAAUGAUAUUUUUUAUUCUAUUACAGAUAUAGAGUUUUUAGGCUAAAUGAGAAGGUCUUUGGUAAAUAUUGGAUGUAUUUAGAAUGUUAUGUAUUUCAGUUAUAUUGUAAACAGUGUUUAAAAUGUUAAUAUUGUUGAUUUGGUUACUGUAAUAAUUAUUUUUGUUUUGUUAUUCAGACUUAUUAUCACUGCAUUUUAUUUGAUAUUAAUUAUGGAAAAACAGAAAGCACUUGCGAGGUAUGUCUAUUUUUUAAGUGCCAUGCGACUACACUUCCUGUUCCUCUCACCUGUCGGUUUCUCUGAAUUUGUCUCAUGUCAUUAUGUACAUAAUAUUUGUAUUUUUCUUUAUACAGGAAAAAAAUGUUCAUUUAGUUUAGGUAUAAAUGUCUCGUCCUCCUUUUCUUUCCUUCCUUUUUUGUUACCGUGACUGUUUAUGUACUCCUGUAAUAAACGAUAAAGAAAAAUGAA